AUGUCUUCUCACCACAACUUCACAACCACCACGCCGAAGAUGCCUGUUGAGAAGAUUACCGCCGAUUCACCAAGCAAGUUGCCCGAUAAGAAUAGCUUGGCACCGGUGAUACCAACUACGCCUGCGGCAAGGAUCCAGUCGGAAACCCCCGGCGAGAUGGUUCCUGCCCGACCCAUCGAACAUUCAACUGAGGCAACCAAGCAACCGACUGCAGCCCCCAAACCUUCCACAUUGCGGCUCCUUAUCCGCUACGACCCGUGGAUCGUGGAUACGAUCCUGCAGCUUGCUAACCCGGACAUUGGUAAGCAGGCACUCGGAUCUUUUUCCAAACCCAAUGCUUUACUUGGAUGUCACUACCCGGUCGAUCUCGUAUAA